CACCGGGCGGCGGCGCACGGCGCGGGCUCACCAUGAUCGUGUGUCCCCAGAGCAUGGAGCACCCCCGAGGAAGCCGGUGCCAGCGGCUGCCGGGGCAGGUGGUGAAGAUGUCCGGCGGCGAGCCCGAGCGCCCGCAGUUCCUCUUCGUGAAGGCGCUGGCGAGCCGGGGGCGGCCGGAGGCGGUGACCCAGCAGAUGGGCUACCACCCGCGCUACCUCGACAGCUUCCUCAAGACGCAGCACUACCUGCUGCACAUGGACGGCCCGCUGCCCUUCGACUGCCGCCACUACAUCGCCAUCAUGGCGGCCGCCCGGCACCGCUGCCGGUACCUGGUGAACCUGCACGUGCUGCAGUUCCUGCGCGCGGGGGGCGAUCCCCAGUGGCUGCGCGGCCUCGACUUCAUCCCGCCCAAACUCCGCAACCUCAACGAGAUCAACAAGAUCCUGGCCCACCGGCCCUGGCUCAUCACCAAGGAGCACAUCGAGAAGCUGCUGAAGAUCAGCGAGUGGAGCUGGUCGCUGGCGGAGCUGGUGCACGCCGUCGUCCUGCUGGCGCACUGCCACGCGCUCGCCAGCUUUGUCUUCGGCUGCGGCUGCGAGCAGGAAGAGGGGCCGGGGGGCCGGGGAUCGCUGAAGCCCUCGCCGCCCGGGAACCAGUGCUUCUGCGAGGCCGCCACCGGGAACGGCUGCAGCCAGGAGCUGCUGCGCAUCAACCGCAAGAGGUCCCUGGACUCCUGCAUGGAGCUGGACUCUCUCCGGGAGCGCAUUCAGCGGAUCCACGUAGAGACGGAGGGCAGGGAGGAGACGAGGCUGCUGCCGCCGGACCGCGAGGAAGAUACCGACGGGGAAGUCACUGGCGCCGCCAACCUCGCGUGCUACAUGCAGGACCCCGACUUUGGCUACCAGGACUUCGCCCGGCGCGAUGAGGAUCAGACGCAGGUAUUCAGAGUCCAGGAUUACUCCUGGGAGGACCACGGCUUUUCGCUGGUGAACCGUCUCUACUCUGACAUCGGGCAUCUCCUGGAUGAGAAGUUCCGGAUGGUGGAUGGCCUGCAGAGCAGUGCCAUGGCCAAGCGGCAGGGCUGCGAACCCUCCGUCUUCAAGCGGGGCAUCUGGAACUACAUCCACUGCAUGUUUGGCAUCAGGUACGAUGACUACGACUACGCAGAGGUGAAUCACCUCCUGGAGCGGAUGCUCAAAGUCUACAUUAAGACCGUAACCUGCUACCCAGAGAAGACAAACCCCGAAAUGUUCGACAGGUUCUGGAAGCAGUUCAAGCACAGUGAAAAGGUCCACGUGAACCUGCUCAUCCUGGAAGCCCGCAUGCAGGCGGAGCUGCUGUACGCGCUGCAGGCCAUCACCCAGUACAUGGUCUCGUAGGCGCUGGGGAGCUGCGCUGCGGCAGGGCCGGCCAGCAUCUCCUCUCCCUGGACUCGUGUGUGACCCGCCGUGCUGGGACGGGCGGCGAGGGAUUACUCAACUUAGUUUACUUGACUGUCUUGUUCCUUUUUUUUUUUUUUUCCUCCUUGUGGGGCACGCCGAGUGGCCCUGUUACGUGCAAUUACCAAACUGUGAGGCAAGUCCGUGCUGCUGAGAUGUCCGUGUGAUGCUGAAGACUUGAACCCGGCCGAGGAGGACUGCCAAAGACAGAGGGGGGCGGGAGGGGACGGGGCUGUGUCGGAGGGAAGCUCUGCAAUGCCCUGCGCUGCGUGCUCAGGAGGGGAGGCGUGCUGGGUCCCAGCCUGGGGCUGGAAGGGACGCACUCGCUGCGUACGUGUCCUGCCGUUCGUGUCCACGUGCCAAACCCCUGCGGGACGGACGAGCAAUGACCCGCGCAAGCUCCGAACUGUGAAGCUCCUGCAGGUGGGUGCCUUAGCACUCUGCCGUCCUUGGCAGCAGGGUGAGAAGGGCCUCUAACAGCGUUCAGGCUCCGGGGGUUUGUGCAGAGGAUUUCUGGCUGUCCCUUUGGCUAGCCCCACUGUCUCCUGUUGGUGGGUGGGCAGGAGACACGAGGGAGGCCUCCUGAAUUCACACGAAUGUGCAGGGCUUGCAUUUUCUUCCCCCAGUGAGAGGGCUGGGGUCGUGUGCCCAGCCACGUGCUGCUUUUAACAGCCCAGGUGAGCUUAGGGAACCCCUACACCCUGCCUGGGGGACUCCUGGGGCUGUCCCCACAGCAUCAGCCCGUGCAGCAGCCUGGCCCCUGCCAGGAGCAGGCACCAACCACCCCACGCCCCCGUCCCGGGGCUGCUCCGUGCGUGUGCGCCAGCCCCGAGCUGGGGCAGGGGACGAGGGUACCUGGCUCCGUCGGGCACGGGAGAGCACCCGCAGAAGGGGAACGGGGCCACCCAGCAUCGGGGGGAGUCUGAAGCGAGGGCAGCUCGAACGCCAGCCCAGCGCACGCUGCUUCGGUCGACCUGUUUACUGCGUAAAUGUACGGGGAAAAAACCUUGUGUAUGGAAGCUACAGAAAAAGCCUAUUUUUGCUAUAAAUAUAUUAUGUUUGACAUGG